UCAUGAAUUUCUAACUUAAAAUAAAAAGCGUUCUUACGAAUGUAUUAUUUAAAACUGAAUUUGUAAAGAACUUAUUAAGGGACCAAAGGUAUAAUUGGAAUACAAAGCUAUUUAUUAAUCAACUGAUGAAUUACUCUUGUACAUAAUUAUCUAUAUUAUACUUUAUUAUUAUUAUAAAUUGUUAAAUUUAUCGUUGGUGUUUAUUUCUUAUACCUGUAACACAUUCGAGUAGUAUAGUAACGCCGAUUUUAGCGCACUUUGACCUUGAGUUCUGCACAUGCGUCAAUUCCAAAGCGUGCUUGUUGCCUAAACCCACUGAAGGUCGUCGUGGUUGUUGUCUAAACUAACUAGGGUUGUUGUCUAAACUCACUGAAGGUCAUCGUGGUUGUUGUCAACACUCGUAGGGUUCUUACCCGAACAUUAGUAGCCAUGCUUUCAAUCAGUCCAGUAUAGUGUUCCUGAACCAAAAUGGAUGUACUCGCGUCUAGGCUUGAUCUUCAACGAAAUCGAGCACCCAUUACGAUCGGGUAAUGCCUUCGCGACCUUCAAGGGGGCACACAGAACUCGCCUCUAGGCUUGAUCUUCAGCGGACAGCGACAUUAGUUCAGAUUGCAAGCAUUUUUGGCAGCUCUUGUGCUACCUCAUUUCUUGUAAUUCCGCAAUGCGCCUUGGUCCAGAUCCCAAUACGAUGAGCAAUAACGACGUCUUAAAUACUUGUAAAGAGGAAGAUUUAAAUGAAGAUAGUAUAAGCAUACAAAAUGGUUUGGAAAUGAUUCGAGAGUGGUUAAGAAAACAACCACACCUGAAUGUCAGAGAUGAUGACGAAUCGUUGUUAAUAUUUCUAAGAAGUUCAAAAUAUAGUAUCCAACGUACUAAAGAAAAACUCGACAAUUAUUACUCCAUGAUCACCUUGCUUCCAGAGAUGUUUGACGACCGAGACCCAUUCGCGUCUGAUAUUCAAACGCUUUUAAAUGUAGGAACUAUGGUUCCACUGCCAAAUACCUUGGGUAAAUGUGGACCCAGAAUUAUUUUCUACGGGUGUGGUUAUGAUCCCGUUCUUGUACCGUACACCACCAUUAUGAAAGUGUGUCUAAUGAUGUACGAGAUUUUAAUGGCCGAGGAUCUUAAUACUGUUGCAUUCGGUAUUUACUUGCUAUUCGACUUAAAAAGAUUUUCGCUAAAAUAUGUCUUACAAUUAACUCCGGCUAUUCUGACUCAGCACGUCUACUGUACCGAAACAGGAUACCCUCUGAGACUCAAAGGUAUACAGAUCGACAAUUGUCCACCAGCUAUGGACGUUAUAAUUAAAAUAGCGAACGCUUGUUUAAAGGGUAAAGUUAGUAACAGGUUCCAUGUCUACAGGGAGGAUAGCAAUUUACAAAAGGAAAUUCCGCUUGAAAUGCUGCCCAUAGAGCAUGGUGGAAAAAAUGGAUCAAUUAAAGAGCUGGGAGCAAUUUGGAAAAAGAAAAUGGAAUCCUAUAGAGAGUGGUUUCGAGAAAACGCUAAAUACAAAACUAAUGAAAAUCUUCGACCCGGUCCACCAAAAACCAGUGACAGUGAGCUUGGAGUCGAUGGAUCGUUUAGAAAAUUAGCAGUUGAUUAAUUAAGUUUUUUUGAAUUUUCAGUUUGAAUUAGAUCAAAUAUAUUGUAUGUUAAUAGUUUAGGUAGAUUUAUUCCCACUCCAAAAAGUGAGGGUACUGUAGCAGUAGAUACCAGUUGACCGAUCACGAAUGUAAAAAUAAAAAAGAAACAUGUGCUAUAAAGACCGGUUCCCAGACAACGCAAGUACAAAUCUAAUGAAACCUCCGCCCUAAAAAAAACAAGUACCGAUGAGCUUGGACUCAGUGUUACCAUUUAAGAAAUUGGGGAUUGAUUAAUUUAAAUGUCCCAUAUCCAUACUUGUCAAACUGUUAUGAUGCUGUGUUCAAAGGAGGUGUGUGCAAACAAAAUGAUUUUCUUAGUCUGGCAACUUAAAGUAGCCCAUCUGAUCUCUAUUUCCCUUCAUUUUGUAGUCAAACUUAGAUGAA